AUGGAGAGCGGCGCGGCGCGGCGUCUGGACGCGGCCGCCUUCCUGGGCGCCUGGCGCCGCUUCGACGCCGACGACAACGGCUACAUCGAAGGGAAGGAGCUUGACAACUUUUUCCAUCAUCUGCUGGAGAAACUGAGGCCAGAUGACCCCAUCACAGAAGAAAAAGUUCAGAGGAUGAAGGAGCAGUUCAUGUCUGCCUAUGAUGUCACCACAGAUGGCCGCUUGCAAAUCCAAGAGCUUGCAAAUAUGAUCUUGCCAGAUGAUGAAAACUUCCUACUGCUCUUCCGACGGGAGACUCCCUUGGACAACAGUGUGGAGUUCAUGCGGAUCUGGCGCAGUUACGAUGCUGAUAGCAGUGGAUUUAUUUCAGCUGGAGAACUCAAAGAUUUCUUGCGAGAUCUCUUCUUGCAGCAUAACAAGGUGGUUACUGAUGCAAAGUUGGAAGAGUAUACUGAUACAAUGAUGAAAAUCUUUGACAAAAACAAGGAUGGACGUCUGGACCUGAAUGACCUGGCAAGGAUUCUGGCCCUCCAGGAAAAUUUCCUUCUUCAGUUUAAAAUGGAUGCUUGCAGCACAGAGGAAAGGAGGAGAGAUUUUGAGAAAAUCUUUGCACACUAUGAUGUUAGUAAAACGGGAGCACUUGAAGGCCCAGAAGUGGAUGGAUUUGUCAAAGACAUGAUGGAACUGGUCAAGCCCAGCAUCAGUGGGGUGGACCUGGACAAAUUCCGUCAGAUUCUGCUCAACCAUUGUGAUGUGAACAGAGAUGGGAAAAUUCAAAAAUCAGAACUGGCCUUGUGUCUAGGGCUUAAAAUGAACCCAUAGCUGUUGGUGGUGCUUGUGGCUAUGUUUCCCAUGUGAGGUUUGCCUGCUGCUCCUGGUAGAAGUGUGUCUGUGCUGUGCAAGCAGAU